GGCUCCCCCCCCCGCUCUGUAACGAUGCCGAAGUCGAUAGGCUCCCGGCGAAGUGAAGAUGUAACCUCUUAUCUUCUCCUCGUAGCUGGCGGAGAGUUUACCCGGCGAGAUUAGCCCGGCGAGGGAAGGGAUCUGCCUUUUGUUGUGCGGGGUUAGGAGGCGGCAGCCCUGGCCCGGGCGCUCUCGCCCAGCCCCUCCGCUGCUCAGCCCGGACUGGCGAAGAAAAGAUUGAUCUCUGGGCUGGUGAACAUAAUAUCUGUCCCAGUCAGAAAAGGAGAGAGGAAAUUAGCAGAGCGAUUGGUGGAGAAUGAUAUCUGUCAAAAGAAACACUUGGAGAGCACUGAGUUUAGUGAUAGGUGACUGCCGGAAAAAAGGGAACUUUGAAUUUUGUCAAGGUUGGAAGACAUUGCCUUUUCAGAUGGAUGUUGAAGGGUAUAGACUUCAUCUGGUUGCUCAUGAAAAAUACAGAUGGGUCAGGACCAAUCCCUGCUGGUCUGUCUGCAAUAACCUUGAUCGCACUGAGAAGCAUUCCACAAUGCCAGACUCACCCGUGGAUGUGAAGACGCAAUCCAGGCUGACGCCUCCAACAAUGCCACCUCCUCCCACUACCCAAGGAGCUCCAAGAACCAGUUCAUUCACACCCACAACGUUAACCAAUGGCACUAGCCAUUCACCAACAGCAUUAAAUGGAGCUCCAUCUCCACCUAAUGGCUUUAGCAAUGGGCCAUCAUCUUCCUCUUCAUCCUCUCUGGCUAAUCAGCAGUUACCACCAGCUUGUGGAGCAAGGCAACUCAGCAAACUGAAGAGAUUUCUUACAACCUUACAGCAGUUUGGCAAUGACAUUUCACCAGAGAUUGGGGAGAGAGUACGUACCCUUGUGCUAGGACUUGUGAAUUCUACUUUGACAAUUGAAGAAUUUCAUUCCAAACUGCAAGAAGCUACUAACUUCCCACUGCGACCUUUUGUCAUCCCAUUUUUGAAGGCCAAUCUGCCCCUGCUGCAGCGGGAGCUCCUGCACUGUGCAAGGCUGGCCAAGCAGAACCCCGCCCAGUACCUCGCUCAGCAUGAACAGCUGCUUCUGGAUGCCAGCACCACCUCACCUGUUGACUCCUCAGAGCUGCUUCUCGAUGUGAACGAAAACGGGAAGAGGCGAACUCCAGACAGAACCAAAGAAAACGGCUUUGACAGAGAGCCUUUGCACUCAGAGCAUCCAAGCAAGCGGCCCUGCACUAUUAGCCCAGGCCAGCGGUACAGUCCAAAUAAUGGCUUAUCUUACCAGCCCAAUGGUCUGCCUCACCCCACCCCACCUCCACCUCAGCAUUAUCGUUUGGAUGAUAUGGCCAUUGCCCACCACUACAGGGACUCAUACAGACACCCCAACCACAGGGACCUCAGGGACAGAAACAGACCUAUGGGGUUGCAUGGCACACGACAAGAAGAAAUGAUUGAUCACAGGCUAACAGACAGAGAAUGGGCAGAAGAAUGGAAACACCUUGACCAUCUGUUAAACUGCAUCAUGGACAUGGUGGAAAAAACAAGGCGAUCUCUCACUGUACUACGGCGAUGUCAAGAAGCAGACCGUGAAGAGCUUAAUUACUGGAUACGGCGGUACAGUGAUGCAGAGGAUUUAAAAAAAGGUGGUAGCAGCAGCAGCCAUUCCAGACAGCAGAGUCCAGUGAAUCCAGAUCCAGUCCCAUUAGAAUCACAUCGGGAAUUCCUUCAUAGGCCUGCUUCUGGAUAUGUGCCAGAGGAGAUCUGGAAGAAAGCUGAGGAAGCAGUCAAUGAAGUAAAACGUCAGGCGAUGACAGAGUUGCAAAAGGCAGUGUCAGAGGCAGAACGGAAAGCCCACGACAUGAUCACUACAGAGAGAGCUAAAAUGGAGCGCACUGUUGCAGAAGCCAAGCGACAGGCUGCAGAGGAUGCAUUAGCUGUUAUCAAUCAACAGGAAGAUUCAAGUGAGAGUUGCUGGAACUGUGGCCGUAAAGCUAGUGAAACCUGCAGCGGUUGCAACACGGCGCGAUACUGUGGCUCAUUUUGCCAGCACAAGGACUGGGAGAAGCAUCACCACAUCUGUGGGCAGACCCUCCAAGCCCAACAGCAAGGAGAGACACCAGCAGUCAGCUCCUCCGUGACACCGAACAGUGGGGCAGGGAGCCCCAUUGACACACCACCAGCAGCCACUCCUAGGUCAAGCACCCCUGGGACCCCAUCCACCAUAGAAACGACUCCUCGUUAAAACUGAACUCAAAACUGUUUGAAACAAAAACAAAACAGAAAACAAAACCAAUUCCUCAUCCUCAGAUGCUCAAAGAUUUUAACUGAACUAUCAUAUUUCAGUACUUCAGUAAGAAAGAACUUACUGUAUCUUGAGGUGGUAGUAGUAAAAUACAGAAGGCCAGUAACGGGUCAUAAUGACUUAUUAUGGAUAACAAAGAUAUCUUUUCUUUAGAAAACUGAAAAGAGCAGAGAAUAUAACACAAAAUGAUAGAUUUGACCUCCU